AUUUGGGUGCUUAUUUAACCUAUUCAAGACUAGUAGUUCAAAUUUAUAAUUAAUUCUUUACAUAAUUAAUAACACAUAAUUUAUACUUAUGAAAAAUAAACAAUGUUAAAAACAUACACAUAAAUGUGCAUUUAUAAAAAUAUAUUAUAUAAUAUAAUUUGUGGACAAAUCAGGGCGGGCUCAGAGAGCUUAGCAGGCCAUCGGGCCAUAUCCACCCCUACUUGAACCAUGCAUGAAAUGUUACACUUCCGUACACAAGUAAUUAUUCUGUAUUUUAAAAAUAAAAUAUUGUGCAUCUACAUAAUAAUAAUAAUAAUAAGUCAAAUGUUUACUCAAUCCAAAAAAUAAUGAAUAUAGCGAACAAACCACAAAAUGUCAUUAAACAAGCAUACGACCACCUGAUACAUAGGAUCUAUGUAAUAAUUUCUACAUAUUACACAUUAUCUCACUCUAAAUAUACCUAACUUUCCCCACAACCUCUCUCUUCCACAAUAAUCCGGCAUGUCCACGUUAACUUUCAUUUUUCCUCUCCAGUCACUUUUACCACCCAAAGAUAUCUGCAAUUCCUCUCUCUUCUCCCACUUGAGGAAGCAGAUCUCUCUAUCUGCUUUCUCUCUCUCUCUCUCUCUCUCUCCAACCAUGGCUUUUCCAUUACUUCUCUUUAUAGUUUUCUCAUCGCUCUCCUCCAUUUCCUAUUCUAAGCCCCUUCUCACCGAUGAUUAUUACUCAAAAACAUGUCCCCUAUUACACAAAAUCAUGGAAGAAACUGUCAGCUCCAAGCAGAUCACCAAUCCUACUACUGCUGCCGGUAUCCUCCGCGUCUUCUUCCACGAUUGCAUGGUCGAGGGUUGCGACGCGUCCAUCCUCAUUGCCUCCAACCAAUUCAACAAGACUGAGCUUGACUCCGACAUCAAUGAAUCCCUCCCUGGAGACGCCUUCGACCUCAUAACUCAUGCCAAGAAUGCGCUUGAGCUCGCUUGCCCUAACGUCGUCUCCUGUUCCGACAUCCUCGCCAUCGCAACCCGAGACCUCGUAAAAAUUGUUGGUGGUCCCUUUUUCCAAAUCCCAUUAGGUCGAAAAGACGGCCUUGUGUCGAAGGCCUCACAUGUCGAGGAAAACCUAGCUAGGGCUAACACGUCGAUCGAUGAAAUAAUUCGAAGGUUUGAGACGAAAGGGUUCACAGUGGAGGAAAUGGUGGCAUUAAUGGGUGGUGGACACACGAUUGGAUUCUCUCACUGCAAGGAAUUCGGAAACAGGAUAUUCAACUUCAGUAAGACGUUAGAUGUUGAUCCUUCGAUGAACCCUAAAUUUGCAGAGCGGUUGAGAAACAUUUGUGAGAAUUAUCAUACAAUGCCGCGCAUGGCGGCUUUCAACGACCCCAUUACGCCGGGGGUGUUUGACAACAUGUACUUCCAAAACCUUCUUCGAGGGUUGGGUCUUCUCGAGUCCGAUCAAGUACUCAUGAGAGACACAAGAACGAGGCCGAUCGUCGAGCAUUAUGCAAAGCAUCAGACAGCAUUCUUCGUGACAUUUGCUAAAGCGAUGGAGAAGACUAGCGUUUAUGGGGUUAAGACCGGACAAGACGGAGAGGUGAGAGUCCGAUGUGAUAAGUUUAACUCGGUUUGGCCACGAACAAAAUAACCAUGGUUUACGGAUGAGAGAGAGAGAGAGAGAGAGAGAGAGAGAGUUUUAAUUUUUUUGUGAAUCAUUGAUGGUGGUAAUUGAUGAUUUUGGGAGUGUUUAUUUCAGUUUUUCAGAGUCACUUAUGACUUUUAGUUUUGAAAAAAUUAUUUUAGACUGUUUGGUAAAUUUAUUUCAAACAGCUUCUGAUUCUAGCAGCUUUUUUUAAUUCAAAAAAAUUAAUUC